GUGACGGAGUUGGAGAGUCUUCCUCAGGACGUGUCCCGGUCAGCAUACACUCAGAGGAUUCUGGAAAUCGUCAGCAACAUCAAGAAGCAGAAGGAGGAGAUAACGAAGAUUCUGUCGGACACCAGGGAGCUGCAGAAGGAGAUCAACAGCCUGACGGGGAAACUGGACCGCACUUUUGCUGUGACGGAUGAGCUGGUCUUUAAGGACGCCAAGAAAGACGAAUCCGUCCGAAAGUCCUACAAGUACCUGGCGGCUUUGCACGAAAACUGUAACCAGCUGAUCCAGACCAUCGAGGACACGGGCACGAUCCUGAGAGAGAUCCGAGAUCUGGAGGAGCAGAUCGAGACAGAGAAUGGGAACAAAACGGUGUCAAAUCUGGAGCGGAUCCUGGAGGACUUCAAGGCCAUUCGCCAGGAGAACGCUGCACUCGCUGCCAAAGUCAAAGAGGGCUGAGCUCCUGGCUGAAGAGCUGAGGCUGAAAGCCACGCGGUGCUGGAUGGAGGCGGCUCUCCCUGUGGUUGCAGGCUGUGAUUUUCUAUAGAGAGACAGCAAAACUAAUCCAGAAAUGUAAUGUGCACGUGGACGGAGCGCGCUCAUUCCCAGCUGAACCAGAUUCACUGUUUGGGGCUUGAAAGCUGCAUCACACAGACUGCAGAGGCUUUCACAGAACCACGAUUUCCUAACACGAGUCCAGUUUCAGACCUCAGCAGUUCUGUCAUGAUCAUAUUUGACCUUAAAUGAGGAGUGAAUGGCAUUUGAAUGUAAUCUAAAUGAAAGCUGUGGAGACGCAGCACAAAGUAUUGUUGUGUGCAAACAAGAAUAAAGAUGCCUUACACAGGGGGAA